CUGUAAACGUUCCUUUGUCAAGAGAUUCAAGAGUAAUGUCAAUGUCACUUUGAUCAACAUCAAACUUCUAAGUUAUCAAACGUCAAACGUCGUCAGUCUGUCAGUCAUCCAUCAUUUGAAUGAGUAGCGCAUUCAGUCCAUUGGUUAUUGUCGUAUUUAAAAUAAUUUAUUUGUAAUUUCCGGGCUUAAGUUUUGCUGUUAAUCCAGGCAAAUAAUUAACUUAGAAGUAAUUGUAUUAAAUACUAAACCAAUCAUAAUGCACGGUCGAGUAAAAGUACGUACUACAGAGGAGGAACGGGCAAGAAAAGAGAAAGAACGCCAAGAAAAGCUUAAAAUUUAUAAACAUGCGAUGCAACAAAUUUUUCAUAAGAGAAAAGAAGGAGAACUGGAUAAGAACCUGUUAGAAUUGACUGGAAAAGUUUUAUCUUCAAAUCCAGAUAUUUAUACACUAUGGAACAUAAGAAGGGAAAUUCUUAUAAUUUUGAAAAAAAGUGAUGAAAGUGAAGAAGAGUUGUCGCAGUUGUAUGAUGCUGAGCUUCAGUUAACUGAGUAUUGUCUGAAGAUAAACCCAAAAUCUUACUGUGCAUGGCAUCAAAGAGAAUGGGUGCUCACAACUAGAGCUAAUCCCAACUGGGAGAAGGAGCUGUCACUUUGUAAUAUGUACCUAAAGUUAGAUGAAAGAAAUUUCCAUACAUGGGACUACAGAAGGUUUGUUGUCAGCCAAUGCAAGCCGCCACUGAAGGAUGAAUUUGAUUUUACAACUGAUAAACUAAUGGACAACUUCUCCAAUUAUUCUGCCUGGCAUUAUAGAAGUAAAAUGCUUGUGGAACUUUACCCUGAUGUAGAAGGUGGGCGUCCUAUUGAGGAUAGCCAUCACAAACAUGAGUUGAAAAUGGUGCAGAGUGCAGCAUUUACUGAUCCCGAUGACACUAGUGCAUGGUUUUAUCAAAGAUGGCUGCUUGGUGCAGUCAAAACAAACAUAGAGGUUGCAGUUUAUACAGUAUCGCCAUUGAAAACAACAGUAGCAUUUAGUAAACCAGUGGAUGAAUCUUAUGUUGCCACCAAGAUCCGAUUAUUUAUCAACAAUGAGUUAGUAAAUGGUAAAUGGCAGUCUUGUUCAGGGAAUCAAUAUGAUGUUCUGUGGAUUUUCAAACAUAAUACUGAGGUCACAGACAGUUUAGAUGUGAAGAUGGAGUAUGACAAUGAAAAUGGAGAUGUUCAGAAUAUUCCUAGUGUUAAACGAAAUGGUAACACCUAUAUUGGUAAAGGAGAAAUCGAUUUCCAAAGGAAAUAUUCAAAACCAGUUAUUGAAGAACUGAUUAAUCAAUUGGAUUCUUGUCGCCAAUUGUUGGCAAUGGAGCCUGAUAAUAAAUGGACUCUUCUUACAACUACAGUUUUUCUACAUUGUAUUGAUGCAAAGCAAUAUCACAAGGAAAGUAUUGAUAACCUACAUACAUUGAAAAGUAUAGACAAUUUGAGAGCUGGAUACUAUGAUGAUUUGAUCACUAAAUGGAGUUUGGAAGAUCAACUCAUAAUGGACUACAAAAAUGAUUCUUUGGAUUUCAAAAUAAAGUUCGAUGAUAAAAUCACGAGUUUACCUCACUUGCAGUACUACAGUCACUGUGAAAAUGUUGAUCUAUCUAAUCAGAACUUAUCGUCUAAUGUAUUAGCUUCAUUAGAAUUGCUUCAAAAUUGUAAGAAACUUUCGCUGGCAAACAAUAGUCUUACAACUUUGCAGAGAUUCCCUAAUCUAAAUCUAGAGGAAUUAAUUUUAACAGGAAACAAAGAUUUAGAUCAAGAGGAGUUAGAAGCGUUCAAGAAAAAUUGUGAUUAUUCCAUAAUAUUCUGAAGUAUAUGUUGAAACUGCAUGGUGGUAAAUAUAAUAAUAAAUUUAUACACAGUGAAAUUUAUAAUAUAAAUCUUAUACU